AUGGACCCGGCCAAUGCCAGUCUGCUGAAUCCUGCCGGUGCGAGCCGGCCAUACGUGGCAGCGCCCUCCAGCUCCUCGUCCUCGUCCUCGCUACCGCCGGCCAACUUCCCCCACGAUUCGCAUCCCCGCCUCUCUCUCGUGUCGCCUACCCGCAUCACCGCAGGCUCUGUUGUCUCGGCCCUCAUCGGCUUUUCCCUGGGCGCCACCCAGGGGGGCAACACCGCACAACUGCGAUUUCGCGCUGAACAUGCUCACAAAAUGCCCGACUCCACAGCCGGAUGGUAUCUCUAUCAUAAAACCAAGAACUAUCACGCGAUGCAAGGGGGAAUUCGCGAAGGUUUCAAGAUGGCAGCCCGGACUGGUUUCUGGAGCUGCAUGGCGCUGUCAUUGGAGAGCACGGUUGACCGAUGUCGUGGGGCCACCGACAUGUUCUCGACAAUCAUUGCAUCCUUGACGGUAGCGGGAGCAUUCUCAAUAUGGCACCGAUUCUCCGUUAGCACAGCAGCACGGACAGCAAAGUCCGGGCUUCUAUUUGGCAUAGUGUAUGGAGGCAUUCAAGAUCUGCUUGGGCUGGCCCGAGGCAGGCCGAUAGGCUACGUAGAUUUUGUCCGACGUCGGCUGGGCAGGGGUUCCACUACGUCUGCGUUGGAUGAUCGCGAUGCGCAAUAG